AUGGACAUGCUUCCGCGAGCGGAGGCGGAUGCCUUGAAGGAGAGCCGGGAGCUCGUGACUGAAGCACACCGAGUGGGUCAGGCAAUGCUGUCGGAGGCCACGGCGGCCUCAGAGAGAGGGGCCGUCCUUGCAGCCGAACGGUCGCGCAAGGCACAGGAGUUGUUGGAAUCGGAGCGUGCACGCACGCAGGCUGCGAUCGAAGAGCAGCUCGCAGCUGUCGCUUCGGCACAAAAGCAGGCCGAGGAGGCGUCUGCUGCAGCAGAGGAAGCAGCACGACAAGCACAGGAACAGACCGCCAGCGCGCUGAAGGACUCCUCGGAGCUCUACGCCGCUGCCAAAGGCGAGGCCCUGAGCCGAACGGCGGCGGCACGGAGCCAGCAGCGGGAGACGGAGAAGCAAAUUGCUGAAAACAUUGCAAGCUUGCGAGCAGAGCAUGCGCGGAAGGUUCUGGCUGCCACUCGGACGUGCGAGGAAGCAGCGCGAGAUGCAAAGAACCAAGUGGAAGCAUUGCAGGCAAAGUUUCAGGCCGAUCACAGGGAGAUUGGUGCGAAGGUCAAGGACGCCGAGUGCCGCAUGCAUCGGGCGGAAAAUGACCUUGAGGAGACGAAGAAGUGGUCAGAGCAGGUUCGUGCGAAGAUGCAAGGACUGAUGGAGGAUUCCAAGCAGCAGCUCGUGGACCAAGAGAAGCUGAGCCGCCUGCAGUUUGAGGCCGAGGAAAGGGCGGCAGAGGAGAGGCUCGAGGCAGCGAGGGUGCUGCGCCAAGAGAGCGAGGCCUUGGCCAAGGCAGCAGAGCAGGAUGGCCAGGCAAGACGUGCAGCGGCAGAGGCCGCGGAGGAGCGCGCUGCUUGGUCUGCCGAGCAACGUCGUUCCGCCGCCGAGGCUGCUAUGGCGGAGAGGGAGCUUGAGGCCUCUGCAGAGAUCGAGGCUGCAGAGGUGGAGGCCGAUGAGAAUUUCGAGGCAUUGGGGGUGAAAGUGAGCCGUGCAUGGUCCACAUGCAAGGAGCAGCAGCUCGCGGCAAGGCAGCAGGUGUCAGAUGCAGAGGCCGUGGUUCGGGAAGAGGUGGCGCAGGUGAGGUCGCGUUUGGAGAAGAUGCGAGAGCUAGCGAAGGCUGCUGCAGCAGAGGCCCAGGGAGCCGCCGAGCGAAAAGCGGAAGCGAGCCGGCAGCUCCAAAGCAUCGAAACGCGCACGGAAGCUGCUCGGGCCGAGCUGUCGGCAGCGGAGCGGAGCUUGGAGUGCUCGGUGGCGCACUGCGAGGAGCUCGCGGCCUCGGCGGAGCUCUGUGCCCAGGAGCAGGUGGAGGCCUUUGCUGCCUGUUGCGAAGAGCGAGCCGAAGACGACGAGGACCAGGCGGAGGCCGCAGAGCAGGUGGCGGAGGCCGAGGAGGAACGGGCCAUGGCGGCCGAGGAAGCUUCGGUCUUCGAGGAUCUCAGCUUCCAAGGGCUCCUGGACAAGGAGCGGAAGCUGAUCCAAGACGAGAUCGAGCGAGCCGUUCGAAGGACGAUCGAGGUCGAGAGUGCCAUAAAGGAGGCCGUCUCCUACAGUGAGAGGAGCACGCGGGAGCUUCUGAACUACAUGGAGCAGGUAGAGCCGAUCGAAUCUUCGCCUUCGCAGAUCACGGAUCUCCCAGAUAACCACUGUUCUCAGUGCCAUGCGGAGGCUUCCCCAGAGGCGGCCUUCUGUAAGAACUGUGGACACAACUUGCAGCAGCGCGUUCUCUCGGACUCCGGGAGCCCCAGACUGCGUGGCAAGAAGAGGCGCGCGGACAGCUCGGCCCUCACGGGCAGCCCCAUGCAGCAUUUGAGGAACAUGGGCCCAUCCAGGGGAAAGAAAUCCUACAAAUGGUGA